CGCUGCUGUACAGGGGUAAAUAUCGAGGGGUUUUUGGAGUGAAUGAAUGAAUGGUGUGUUUUGUGUCGAUGGGAAGGAGCUCGGACAUGAGCAGAAUAUUUAUGAGGACAUGCGCGCGUGCGGCUCUCGUGGUCUCGAGGUUUGUGCAUGGCAUGCUUUAGCGAUACCGAACCCGGAGAAGAUCAGAACACCGAGCUGGACCGGCGGGUGUGUGCGUGUGUGUGUGUGUGUGUGUGUGUGGUUCAGGGAGCUGCGGUAUCAGAAACACUGCGCUGCGCUCUGUUUUCUCCUCCACACCGAGGUGUGACGUCGCAAGGUCGCCAGGGAAGCAGGAACUCCAUUUUGUGAUUAUGUCCAACUCAGUGGCCUCGUAUGACCAGCUGGUGCGGCAGGUGGAGGAUCUCCGCAAGGAGAACUCGCACCUGCGCCGCGAGCUGGAGGACAACUCACACCACUUGUCCAAGCUGGAAAAUGAGACUUCUGACAUGAAGGAGGUUUUGAAGCAUCUCCAAGGGAAGCUGGACCAGGAAGCCUGCACUCUGGCCUCGUCAGGGAGAGCGGAUGUAUAUGACCAGCUGAAAGAGCUGCAUAUGGACCUGACCAGCUAUUAUGAGCUCAAGUACCAGCCUCAUAACCUGCGUGGAUUCUCAGAGACCAGCAGCAACCAAGUGAAUGACGGGGAGGACAGAAUACCAUCAUCCAGCAUGAGCAAACCACGGAGCUCAUUGUGCUCCUCAUCUCGCCAGUGUUCCUCAGUGUCUGGUGAGGGCACAGCCAUCCACCCCACACACCUUCACCCAGCUGUGGCAGGAGAGGGCCGGGUCACUGCCCAACAUCUGGAGGAGCUCCGCAAAGAGAGGAUCAUGCUGCUGAAUGAAAUUGAGAAAGAGGAGAAAGAGCGGCGUUUGUAUUAUUCUCAGCUGCAGAAGCUUUCACAGAGACUGGCAGAACUACCUCGAAUCGACACAUUCUCCAUACAAAUGGAUCUCAUUCGCCAGCAGUUAGAAUUUGAGGUCCAGCAACUGCGCUCAGUCAUGGAGGAACGUUUUGGGACAAGUGAUGAAAUGGUCCAGAGGACACAGAUCCGUGUGACUCGUCUGGAGCAGUUGGAUAUGGAGUUACAGGAGGCACAGGGCUCACGCUGUCCACAGGAGAAGGUUGGCCAGUCAGAGAAUCAAAAUGUCGACAGCCUUCCCAAAGCAUCGGGGCCUGAAGUGGAAAAUGGAGCAAGCAAUAGCACCAUGGAGGCACCCGGAGAAGCCGGGAACAAAGUGGAGAUGAUGUUCUGGCUGCUGUCAAUGCUAGCCUCUAGAGAUCGAGAAGAGAUGUCACGUGUCUUAUUAGCCAUGUCCAGCUCACAGGAAAGCUGCAUUGCCAUGCGCAAGUCUGGCUGUGUCCCGUUGCUUGUUCAAAUACUGCAUGAUGUAAGUACUGGAAAGACUCCUGACGCCACAGGCUGCAGCCGAGAGGCUCGAUCGCGGGCGAGUGCUGCUCUACACAACAUUGUGUACUCUCAGCCUGAUGAGGGCCAAGCACGGCGUGAGAUGAGGGUUCUGCAUGUACUGGAGCAGAUACGCUCACACUGUGAGAAUGGCUGGGAUUGGAUUGAGAACCAUGUAGGAACCGCGUCUCCUAGUGGUACAAAGACAGCAGAUAUUCCAGAGCCCCUCGAACCUCAGAUUUGCCAGGUAAUUUGUGCCAUAAUGAAGCUUUCCUUUGAGGAGGACUAUCGAAGGGCCAUGAAUGAACUUGGUGGACUUCAGGCUAUUGCAGAGCUUCUGCAGUUGGAGCAGGAACUGUACGGGAUGCAAAACGAGCCGAUGAAUAUGGCCCUGAGAAGAUAUGCUGGGAUGGCACUCACCAACCUCACAUAUGGAGAUGUUGUAAAUAAGGCCACACUUUGUUCCAAGAAAAGCUGUCUUCAGGCCAUUGUUGCUCAGCUGGCAUCUGAUAGUGAGGAGUUACACCAGGUGGUCUCGAGUAUUCUGAGGAACCUUUCAUGGCGUGCUGAUAUCACCAGUAAGAGAGCCCUCCGUGAUGUAGGCAGUGUUUCAGCGCUAAUGACCUGCUCACUUCAGGCUACAAAGGAAUCCACAUUAAAAAGUGUUUUAAGUGCUUUAUGGAAUUUAUCAGCACAUAGCACUGAAAACAAGAUGGCGAUUUGCUCCGUUGAAGGUGCGCUAGGGUUUCUGGUCAGUACCCUUACCUACCAGUGUCAGACCAACUCCCUGGCAAUCAUUGAAAGUGGUGGAGGAAUCCUGCGUAAUGUCUCCAGUCUUAUUGCCACCCGGGAUGAUUACAGACAAAUCCUCAGGGAUAACAACUGCCUGCAGACUCUGUUACAGCACCUGCGUUCACACAGUUUAACGAUUGUGAGCAAUGCAUGUGGAACCCUGUGGAAUCUGUCUGCUCGUAGCCCAAAGGACCAGGAGCUACUGUGGGACCUAGGAGCUGUUAGCAUGCUACGUAAUCUCAUUCAUUCCAAGCACAAGAUGAUAGCUAUGGGAAGUGCUGCUGCUCUGAGGAACCUCCUCACCAACCGCCCACUCAAAUAUAAAGACACUGCUGUUAUAUCUCCAGGUUCCUGCAUGCCCUCCCUCUAUAUGAGGAAACAGAAAGCACUGGAGGCAGAGCUCGAUGCAAAGCACCUGGCAGAAACAUUUGAUUCAAUGGAGAAGCAAAGCCCUAGACAUAUGAGCAUUAAAAAACCCCUGCGACACAUCGAAAGCCUGGCCAAGGACUAUGCUUCAGAUUCGGGAUGUUUUGAUGAUGAUGAAGCACCGAAUGUUUCAAGCAGCAUCGAAACAGGAACGUUUUCCAUGCUCUCAAUGUUUCUGAAUAACUCUAACUUUCUUCAGAAUCAGCCACGCAGGAGGGAAGGAGAACCUGAGAGGGAUAUGGAGCCAUUUCACACAGAGGUUAAAAAGAUGCAACCUCCUGAUGAUGAAGUGACCAUGGCAGCUGACAAAUUAGCAAAAAAGAUCACCAACACUGUGGCUAAAAUUGAUAAGCUGGUGGAAGAUAUUACCAUGCACACAUCCUCGGAGGAUAGCUUUAGUCUCAGUUCUGAGGACCAUUAUGCAGAUUGGAAUUAUGGGCCUGAUGAUCUCCAUGAAGCUCGAGCUAAGCUGUGUUCUCCCUGCCCACUGUCUGAUAAUUCAUUCUCACAUAAAGAGCAUCUCAGCAAAGCUCAUCCACUGUUACGGCUAAAAACAGUGAAUUCGAGUUUAUCCAAUGACAGCCUUAACAGUGGAAGCACCAGCGAUGGCUGCUACGGUAGUAAUGGUCAGAUUCAAAGGUCCAUUAGGCUAGCAGAACAAAGACGUCCGAAUAAGCUUGAGCUGAAUGUGGCUCAUAAGGAACUGCUAAACAGUGGUGCCACUUUGUCCAAAUUAAUUUGUCAGAAUGAGAUUCCUGAGAGAGAUUCUGACAUGGCAAAGGAUUUAAAAUUGCCUGACCACAGCACAGAAGAAGAAAAAGUCCAAGAACCUCUCAUAGCGACACCAGCAACUGUAUCAACCAGGGUGUCUUCUGAUGCCAGUAUGCCUACCAUUAAGCUCUCCCCUUCCUAUCAGCAUGUUUCGUUGCCCCAGAACACCCUGUUUGGGGCUGUCAAUGUUCAGGCAUCGCAACCAAUGAAAAAACAAGCCUGGGUCCCCACUGUAACAAGUGGAGAAAAUAUCAGCAAGUUCUCUCCUAUAUGUCCUUCAAGAAGCCCAAUAGGUCAAUUAGAGACACCACAGAAAUACUCAGUGGAGAAUACACCGAUUUGCUUCUCACGCUGUAGCUCUCUUUCAUCACUUUCUUCUGGAGAUGGUGACCUUGAUGGACAAAGUGAAAAUGAUUUAGAGAGUGACUCAUCUCUUGAAAUAAUUGAGGUGGAAGAAAGUGAAAUAAUUAAUAAGGAAGAAGAAGAAGAAGAGGAAGAAGAGGAAGAUGAAACGCUAGAGGAUCUCAGUGAUAGUCAACUGCUUAUGACUGACCAGAAAACUUGCCCCACCUCCAGCACUUCUGAUCCUAUUGAGAUUCCAUUGAGACAUGAAAAGACAUUUCUCAGGGAAGCAUCAGCAGUCGUACAUGAGGACAGGACUCCAUCCAGUUCCUCUGAUAACUAUCUUCACGAGACUCCGCUUGUGAUGAGUCGUUGUAGCUCCGUAAGUUCACUGGGAAGCUUUGAGUCGCCGUCGAUCGCCAGUUCGAUACAAAGUGAUCCGUGUAGCGAAAUGAUAAGUGGAACAGUGAGUCCAAGUGAUCUUCCAGACAGUCCAGGUCAAACCAUGCCACCAAGUCGCAGUAAGACUCCAUGCUGUGCUGAAGCAAGUGGACCAGAGCAGCAAAAUCUCGGAGGUCAGUGGGAAAAUGGCUUGCAUAAGUUCAUGGAAAUUGCAGACUUGAAGGAAAGAUUUAACUUGCCACAAGACCUCGAUACAAUGAUCUACUUUACUGUUGAAAAACCAUUAGAGAACUUCUCUUGUGCUUCUAGCCUUAGUGCCCUUCCUCUGCAUGAGCACUAUGUCCAAAAAGAUGUAGAACUUAAACUCACUCCUUUGUUAAAUCAACAAGACACAGACCCUGAAUACUCUGGGAAGAGGAAUCCUGCAGAUUAUCCACCAUCUGUGGACCAAGAUCAGUACAGUGAAGGCAACUCAGAUGAUGACAUUGAAAUUCUUAAAGAGUGCAUUAAUUCAGCCAUGCCCUCACGCUUUAAGAAAGUCAGACCCACUUUAAUAUCUACACUCUCAAACCAAGUGCUUAACACUCAAACUCGAAGAUCUGUGCAGUUACCGGUGUACAUGGUGCUCCAGAACAAUAACAAUCAGAUGUGUCCCGGGCGGAAAGUCGCAAUGUCUGCCAAAGAUAGUCAUUGUGAUGAUUCUUCAUACACUGAUUCCGCUGAAGGUACUCCGGUUUACUUCUCAAGCACCACUUCUUUAAGUGAUGAGACUCUUCAAUACCCCCUGAAAGUGAAAGGGUCACAAGAUUGGCGUUCCAGGAAGAAAGAGACGCAGGAGCUUAUUGAUUCAGAGGCCAAAAGAAUUGAAGAGCUUCGUCUGUUCUCUCGCUUCCAUAAAUCAUCGAAAACGGCAUGUCAGUCUGAAAUAAUAACAAACCAAACGAACAAAACCAUCAGACACAUGACUCCUACCCAAAGAUUACUUGUACAAAGUAAGGAAAUGGCAGCAAAGAUGAAUCAGCAAAGAGUCCAGAGUCAAUCUCCAGUCAGACAAAUACAAAAGCAGGGACAGAAUCUGUCACAAAGUCUCCCUCACAUCGCACUUCCAAUCAGAAAGCAAAAUAAAGAGGUGUACCAAUGUCAGAAAACAUUCACUAGAAGCAAAGCACAAGAACAUGCAACUUUUCAGUCCACACAUGGUCCAGCAGGAACAGAGGAGGCCAGGUACUGCUUCCACGAUAAUGAUAUGACUAACAGUGAAGGAGUGAUGGCAAGAAAUAGACAAAAACAGUUCAAUAAUCGAAACAAAAAUAACGCAGGUCUUCACUAUGCUAAUUCCAAAGGUCGUGUGGACAAUUUCCAGAGGCAUGGGUUUAACAGGAUCAAGCAAAAUCUAAUUAUGGAAGAAGCACCUCCAUGUUACUCUCUCAGCUCCUCUCUCAGCUCUCUGAGUGAUGUGGAGAUGUUUGAGGAACAAGGGAAAACUCAGCAUUCAAAGUUGAGAAAUAAAUACAAGGUAAUAUCCAGCACAAGUCAGUGUACCCCAAAAACCCAGCAAGGUCAAAAUAAAUACGAAGACAACACUUCACCAAGUUCUGUCAGCCUGGAUUCAGAAGAUGAUCUUCUGUUAAAAUGUAUAACAUCUGCUAUGCCGAAGCAAAAGAAAAAGCAAGCUACCAGAAAAAGGAAAGGAGAAGCUAAACAAAAACAGAAACUUACGCAGAAGGAAAGUGAACAGUGGGAUCCUGAAGAUGAUCUGGACAGUGAAGAAAUGGCAUCUGAUAAAGAUUCAGAUCUCAACAGUGUUGAAUGGAGGGCAAUACAGGAGGGUGCGAAUACAAUAAUCACAAAGUUACAAGCUUCCAAGUCCCAGGAACCAUCGUCAGAAUCAGACUCUGUUCUUUCAUUUAUAUCUGGAUCCAGCUUUACACCAAAGCCUGACAUCAAUGACAAGAAGAAGCUCUUCAAAGAAAACAAAAAGGCUAAUAAGCCACUCGAUUUUGCACCACGUAAACCAGUACCAAACCUUCCUGUAGUUUUCAGAGGCAGAACUGUGACAUACACUCCCAAGAAAGAGAAAAUGCUUUCACAGCGACCACCCCCAACGAAGAAGGUGACACCUAAAACUGACGCCCCAAAAAAUCCUGCUUUAGCUCAACACAGAUCCAGAAGCCUUCAUAGGUUGGGGCACCUCAGUGACUCUACUCAGUUAUCAUUACCCAAAAGAAGUUCAACUCCUCCUGCCAGGAUUCCAAAGAGUUCCUCAUCAGGAUCAUCUCAAAGUUCAACUCCCUCAAGGCAACCUCAGAAAAAAGUACCACCCUCUGCCCCAGCAGUGAAACCCAAUCGGAAAACGGUGACCUCGGAUCCAGACAGUCCACCAGAGGGGAAAAGAGGCAUCUCCAUGUCCAAUCAAAACACAAGAUCUGCUGACAGCAAGACACAGAAAUCUCCUGUCAGAAUACCAUUCAUGCAGAACUCAUCAAAACCGUCCAGAGCAAUUUCACCUUUAGUAACCAACCAGCUUACCAGCAUCAGUAGACAAAAUAGUAAUUUAUCAGGGAAGCGAAUUUCACCUGCUAAUCGACUGGAUUUGGUUCGCAUGACCUCUGUUCAUUCAUGCAGUAGUGAAUCAGAUCACAACGGGUUCCUUAGACAACUUACUUUUAUUAAAGAAUCAGCAAGACAGAACGUUUCUUGCUCGCGAUCUGUUCCUACAUCCAAACAUGUAUCUCCUCGAAGAUCAUGUCCAGGAGCCCCAGCUGUUUUCCUAUGUUCUUCUCGCUGCCAAGAAUUGAAGACAGCAGUGCAAGGUCCAAGGAAGGUGCAGGGAGCGCUAGGGCCAAGGGAUGGUCAUGAACAAGGUAUCCUCAAGCAGAACAUGGCUCUACCAAGGGCAAACUCCAGCGACAGGAACUUCACAGUGAAACGUCCAGCGAGGAGAACAAGCUCAGAAAGUCCUAGCAGGGUUCCUCAGAGAACUGUACCUGAGGCACCUCUAAGGGAGACAAAAGAGGAGACAUUCAAAAGGUAUUCUUCUUCCCCCAGCAUAAAUAUAUUAAGUCGUGUAACCAGCCGCUCUUCGUUACGCUCAUCGUCUUCAGACUCCAGCAUCAGGGCCAAAAGUGAGAAGGACACAAAACAGCGGCAGAAUCGAGCUGGAUCACGGAAUAAUAACAAUAAAGUCACCUGGAGGAGAAUCCGUGAUGAAGAUGUUCCCCAGAUAUUAAAGAGCACUCUCCCACCUACUGCACUCCCUCUGGUGCCCUCACCUGAAGGACACAAACCCAUGCCGCCACCAAUGCCAGGGAAACUGCCAACAAUUACACUUAUAUCACGCAAGACGAGUGACGCGACGGUUCAAACUGAGGAUUUAUCAACCAAUAAAACCAACUCAAGCACAUCACCUACAAUCGAAAAAGGCUCGAUGAUUUCUGAAGAGGUAACUAAGAGGGCCUAUCUCCGAAGAAUCAGCCUGGCUUCUGGAAAUAACCUGCAAGAUGGAGAUGCUGAAGGAUCCCUGAAAAACUACAGCACAGCUUCCACCUCAACCUUCCAAUCCAUGGAGAGCCAUACCGGGGUCAUAGGUCCCUUCCGUCAGAACGCUCCCAGCAAGGCCGUCAGAGUAACUCCAUUCAACUACAUCCCCAGCCCGAUGGUCUACUGCUCCCAAGAAACACAGAGUCCAGCACCAACAAUCGUUGAGAAGUCUGGAGAGAAACUCGAACCGUAGUGCCACGUCGCUGUCAUCGUUGCGAGAAUGACUUGUUCCUGAUGCUAUAAAAACUCAGGUGGUUUAUUGAGCAACAUGAUCUUUAUACCUCGAGUGUUGCUUUUCACAAACAUUGUAUUCGAACUUUGCUUUUGUAAUUUUCUCACUGAAAGUUGGAUGUAGACGAAUGAGCAUGAACAGUAGAAUCAAAUGGAUUCACGCUACGUAUGGAACAUGACGCCGUCCUUUUAUUUGUAGCCAUUUUUUUAUAAAGUUACAUUUAUGAACCAUUUCUUGUUCUGUUGGAAAUCUUCAUCCCACAGAAGACAUGCUCUACUUUGUGUCUCUGUGUUCAUGAAGAGUAAUAUGCAAAUCAUCUGAUAUAAGAGGAAAAAAACCUGAAAGACUGUUACAGUGCGAGAGACGAACAUGUACACAUCACAAGUAAACACUUAUUUUCCGUAGGCCGUUAUUUACACUGUCAAUCACUCCAAAAGCCUUCACUUUUAUUAUAACAGUGCAGAAGAAUAGCUUUUGUGGUAGAUCAGCCCAACUUAGCAGCACCAGAGCAUAAUGUCAUGUUGGAAUUUAGUGAUGCUGUUGUAUAUAACUGCAGGCAGAGACUCUCUAACGCAGAACGUAACCUGCAGCACUACUGCAUGCAUGCUUUAUAAUCACUUAGUGCACAUAUGUAUGUAUGUUAUUAAUGGUGAACAAUCCUCAGAGAAUAAACAUAAAGCGGGGGGUGUGGGGGGUAAAUAUACACAUCUCUAUUACUUGUUGAACAGAAUUCUGUGUAAAACACUAUGGUGGUUGUACAGUGUUUCUGCUUUUUGGAUGCUUUGGUGAUGUCAGUUUGUGUAUGAUCAGGUCUGCUUAUGUCAUCAAAAGCAAACACAAUCAAAUGUCAUUGAGGGAAUCCUGAGAGAGAGCAGUGUAGAACCUCUCUGAUCAUCUGACUGCUUUUCAAUCCAAAGGCGUUUAUUAAAAUCACCCCAGAACAACAGAAAGCUGAUCAAUCAGACCGAUCGGAUCAGUCAUGAGUGCACAGGAUGAGCUGAUCCACUGAACCUGGAUGUAAAGAAUUAAGCAGUACAUCACGUCUUCUCUCUUCACGUAUAAACGUCGACGUGGAUCACGCGCUCCAGCUGUUCAGAUGUUUUAAGUGUUACAGCACAAUAUACAGUCAUUCCUCAUGCGUUAGAGAUCUGAAAGGUCUUGAUGAUAGCAGAAUCUCCAUCUUCCAUCUCCCUGCUCUGCCCCACACUCGAACCCUGAACUCUGAAUGUAUUUGAGACCAACAGUAUUACAGUGAUGGUCAAUUUCCAUAAUAAAUGUUCACAUUAAA